AUGAGCGACACCGCGAGCAUCCAGUUCAUGAUAACCAACGCGAUGAAGGCGACGCUCGUGGACGAGCUCGAGUUUCGGCCCGAGGAGGUCGAUGUCAUGCGCCCGGAGAUCGCGAAGGAGCUCAUCGAGAAGAAGAUGAAACGGCCGUUCGGUUCCAAGCCGAUGCCGGAGGCGUGGAAGCGGGACUACGACCCGAACAAAGGCGGCGGCGGCGGCGGCGGCGGCGGGCUGUUCGGGUUCUUGGGACCGGUCGGGGAUCUGCUGCGGUCGGUGGUGUACAUGUCGAUGACCGCGGGCGUCGCGCUCGGCGUCGCGUGCGCCGCGAACGGGACCGUCAGGAAGGGCGUGAAGGGCGUCGUGAAGGACAUCAAGCGGACGCUGAAGGGGAAGAAGCGGAAGAAGAAGAAGAAUCGGGUGCGAUCGAACCGCGGACGCGGGCCGAGCGAGGACGUCUGA